AUGCCCUUGUUUAGUGAUCAUGCAUACACUUCCAUCACUAUAAAAAUCAACCAAUUGGCUGAUCCCAAGAGAAAUGACGAAAUUGAUGACUCCAUAGAAUUGUACUUGUCUGAUUUGAUUGAAUUGAUAAAAGUCCAGUCUAAUUCUGGUGCUGUAGAAGCAGCACGAGCAAUUCGAAAGAAAAUCAAAUAUGGGGAUAGUAGGGCAGAGCAAUUGAGAGCCUUACAGAUCUUGGAGCUAUUGGUAUUGAAUGGUGGUCCCUCAAUUGGACCAAUUAUUGCUCGUGAUGAUAAAUUAUUGGAUGUGUUGAAAGGAAUUAUUAAUGGAACAGCACGAACAGGAGUUGGUGUUGAAUAUGAUUGUAAAGUUCAAAAAAGAGUGGUGGCUAUGGCUAUUGGUUGGAAGACUGAAUUGGAUGGAUUGGAUGGUUACAAAUAUAUGCAAUCUUUGUAUAAGGCAAUUCCAAGAAGAAAGCGUGUUUCCUCCAGUCAUCUGGGGCAUCGUGAUAGAGAUGUAUAUGAUAGUGACGAAAAUUCGGAGGAUGUGUUAGAUCCGUAUGCUGAUGAUGCUCAACUCGAUUCUCAUGCAAGUAACAGAAACGUUUCUUCGCCACGUACACCAAGAUCUCCACCCCCACCAAGACCCUCUACUAAAUCACCAUAUGCCUCUGGCAAGAAAAAUGAUGACAAAGACAAAAAGAAGAAUAAGAAGAAAAAGAAGAAAAAGAGAGGACUUGUUUAUGCUGAUGAGGAAUUCGAGAUUCCCCAAAUCAAUUACAAAGUUGAAGCACCAAAGAUUAGAGAGUUGAUAGCCAAUUGUUAUACUCAUACAACAGCCUUGAACAAUUUGUUAUUACAAUUACCUGCAGAUGAGUCACCAUUGGACAACGAUAAAACUUUGGAAGAAUUUGCUAAAUGUAAGAAGAUUAGAAGAAAGGUUUUAAGUUACUUACAGUACGUUGGUGCUGGUUCACCAGAAGCCAAAUCAUCUGAGGUUGCUGCUUUAGAUGAAGAGUUUUUGGGUAGUUUGAUUGGAGCAAAUGAACAAUUGGUAGAGUCGUUUAAGAGAUUCGAUUUUAGAGCUGGUUAUUCAAAAGACAAUCCAGCUCCAAACUAUGAUGAUGAAAGCGAUAGCGACGAGAGUUAUUAUACUUCUGAGGAGUCAGAAGAAGAACCCGACGAUGUAGAGGAACAGGAUGAAAAUCUGAUUUCUGCUAGGUUGCAGAAUGCCACAUUACAAUCAAAACUGCCACCGCCACCAAGACCAUCCAAACCUUCAAAUUUACAAAGCUCAUUUCAACCAAGACCUAAACUUGACAAAGUUGAAACCAGUGAGUCAAUUGAAGGCAAUCCUUUUGGUGAUAGAAAUGCUGUAACGAAAUCCGUAUAUGAUUGA